AGGGUCCCUUCAGUCUCCUUGCAACUUCCCAACAGCCCAGACCUGUAGGACCUCCAGGACUAGAGGUGCAUCCACGGGAAAUCCAGGUGCUUGCAGGUCCUCAUGUCAGUCAGACCCAGCUCGGGGCCAGGCCCCUCUGAAGGGCCCACCGCAGCGCCUGACAGUGAAGAGUUCCACAAUUGGGAGGAAUUGCUCUACUUCUUCAACCACACUUUGUCCGAGUGCCACCUGGAGCUCAGUGAGGACACCAAGCGAGUGGUCCUCUUUGUCCUCUACCUGGCCAUCUUUGUGGUUGGGCUGGUGGAGAACCUUCUGGUGGUAUGUGUCAACUGGCGUCGCUCAGGCCGGGCUGGGCUGCUGAACCUCUAUAUCCUCAACAUGGCCAUCGCGGACUUGGGCAUCAUCCUGUCCCUGCCUGUUUGGAUGCUGGAGGUCAUGCUGGACUACACCUGGCUCUGGGGAGACUUCUCCUGCCGCUUCACUCAUUACUUCUACCUUGCUAACAUGUACAGCAGCAUCUUCUUCCUGGUGUGCCUCAGUGUUGACCGCUACAUCACCUUCACCAAUGCCUCUUCCUCCUGGCAGCAUCGCCAGCACCGAGUGCGGCGGGCUAUAUGUGCAGGCGUCUGGGUCCUCUCAGCCAUCAUCCCACUGCCCGAGGUGGUCCACAUUCAAUUGGUGGAGGGGUCAGAGCCCAUGUGCCUCUUUGUGGCACCUUUUGAAACAUAUAGCACAUGGGCCCUGGUGGUGGCCCUGUCCACCACUGUCCUGGGCUUCCUGCUGCCCUUCCCUCUCAUUGCAGUCUUCAACGUGCUGACAGCCUGCCGACUUCGGAGCCAGGGACAGCCCCAGGGCCGGCGGCACUGCCUCCUGGUGUGUGCCUACAUAGCUGUUUUUGUCAUCUGCUGGCUGCCCUACCAUGCGACUCUGCUGCUGCUCACUCUGCAUGGGAGCCACAUAUCUGUCCAUUGCUACCUGGCCCACCUGCUCUAUUUCUUCUAUGACAUCAUUGACUGCUUCUCCAUGUUGCACUGUGUUGCCAACCCCAUCCUCUACAACUUUUUCAGUCCAAGCUUCCGGGACCGGCUGCUGAGUGCUGUUGUCCACUACCUUCCAAAGGAYCAGGCCAGGGCAGGUGCACGGGCUUCCUCUUCUUCCUCUUCCACCCAGCACUCCAUCAUCAUCACCAAGGAGGGCAGCCUGCCCACUGCAGCUGCCCCCCAGUCCCACCUAAGCCUGAACUUCCAGCCRCCCUCUGCUUCCAAAUGCCUCAUCUCUGUUUGGCAAUCCCAUAGGCAGCUGAGGUAGAUUCCAGGC